GUGACGUAUCGACCUUCUUAACUCCGAGCAGCGAAGCUCUUUCGAUGAUGAUUAAUGGGACAAUGUGGUGAAGAUACCCUAGAAUAUCAGUCCCCUCUUCCUUCCACCAAACACCGAUCAAUUGAAGUACCAAAACAACGAUGUCAUACAGCAGAGUAGGAGUCGUCACCGGCGCGAACAAGGGUAUCGGACGCGCCAUAGUCCAGCAGCUCGCCCUGCAAUACCCCAAGUCGCCGCUCAACAACGGACCCUUUCUGAUUUACUUGACGGCUCGCGAUCAGAGCAGGGGAGAAGCUGCCCUCAAAGAUUUGGAGCAAGAUGCGGCAUUGAAGCAGGCCAAGGCAUUGAAGGCCGACGGCGGGCUCUCCGAGAUCAAGUUUCAUUUGCUUGACAUCACAAGCAGCAGCAGCAUCAAGACCCUUGCGGAGCACUUGAAGCAGGCUCACGGAGAUGGCAUUGAUUUUGUCAUCAACAAUGCUGGUAUUGCGAUGGACGGCUUUAAUGCCGACGUCGUCAAGACUACCCUCGACUGCAACUACUACAAGACGCUCGAAGCGUGCCACACCUUCCUCCCCCUCCUCAAACCAACCGGUCGCAUCGUAAACCUCGGCAGCAUGGCCGGCAAACUUAACAAGUACUCCGAAGAAGUUCGCAACCGCUUCCUCGCCUCCAAGACCGAAGAAGAUGUUACAAGCAUCAUGAAGGACUUUGUUGCUGCCGUUGCUGCUGGCAAGGAGAAGGACGCUGGCUUCCCUAGUGCAGGGUAUGCUGUGAGCAAGGCCGGAUUGAUUGGAGGUACACGAGCGCUGGCCAGGCAGGAGAAGGAAAAGGGAAGCAAGGUCUUGAUCAAUACCUGCUGCCCAGGUUAUGUCAACACGGACAUGACUAAGGGCAACGGAACAAGGACUGUAGAAGAAGGCGCCCAAACUCCUGUACUACUCGCUAUCCACGAUAUCCAGAACAAGACAGGUACAUUCUGGCAAUACGAGAAGGAGAUUGACUGGGUUGGCUAGAAGUAUAGAAGAACAGAAACAAAUGAAUACUCCAUGAUCAGUCUCGACAGUGGUCUCAUUCAGGCUUGCGAUCAAUGAGUUACGCGCUUACAUGCAGACA